AUGGCGCCUGUUCGGGUUGCCCUUCUGGGCGCUGGCAUUUACGCCAGGGAUGCGUACGUGCCGCUUCUUCUGAGGCAAGUUCCUGACGACCUCCAGCUAACUCACGUGUGGAGCAGGAGCCAAUCGUCCGUCAAUGAGCUGCUUCCUAUUAUCAAAGAGUCUCUGCCCAACGUAACUGCCCAUUGGGGGGAAGAUGGCUUGGAGGCUAUUUUGUCAAACCCUGAUGUGGAAGCUGUCAUAGUGGUGCUGGCUGUUCAGGCCAUGCUCAAGGUUGUGGAGCAGGCCUUAGGACAUGGGAAACAUGUUCUCCAGGAGAAGCCUGUGGGGUGCAGCUUUGCAGAGGCCGCAGAAGCAAUUGCACGGUACAGGGCGAUGCCCAAGGCACUCUGGAAUUAUGGUGAGAACUACAGGUUUGAGGAAGUAUUCCUGCAGGCGAGGGAUAUUUGCAAGAACUUGGGCAAGAUUGUGAAGCUCGACCUUGUGGCCGAUAUGGCAAUGAAUGAAGAGAACAAGUACUUCAGGAGUGACUGGCGCCGUGAUGCAGAAGGCUGCCCUGGAGGCUUCAUGAUGGAAAGCUCCGUGCACUUCAUUGGGGCAUUGAGACUUGUUGCACAAGGCUGUGGAUGCGGGGAGCCAGUAUUGGCCUCGGGGUUGGCCCUCAAUGCGGUGCCCGACAAGCUGCCGCCACCGGAUACUGUCAUUGGGUGGCUGAAGUUUGAGAGCGGUGUUCCGGCGGGUGUAUCCUUCACGUUCGCUGCUCUGCAGGUCAAAUGGGCGCUGCGUGUCAUUGGAGUGGAUGGCACACUGGAGAUUCUGAGGGGUGGCGGGGGGGGCCACCGCGGCUGCUACACCUUGCGGUACAAAACGCCGUCGAUGACAGACGAGACAGAAGUGCAAGUUGGCUUUACUGGUAUGGAAAGAGAACUUCGGCAGUUCGCUGGGCAGGUGAAUGCACGCAAAAGGGAAUGCACUGCUGAUGCUAGCGAUGCAGCCAUCAGAGCACAGCCAGAGCAAGGAGCAAGAGACAUUGCUGUGUUUGAAGCAUUGUGGAGAUCAAGUAAGCAGCAUGGAAUGCCAGUCGUGGUGGAGACAAUGGAUUGA